AUGGCUCCAACCCAAUUAGAAAUCAAAGUUAAGGCGUUACAAAGACUAGUGAAGGAAGAAACUUUCUAUCAACAGGAACUAGUAGAACAGUCCGAACAUGUUGAGAAGAUGAAGAGUGAUGCUUCCACAGACCCAUACGAUUUGAAGAAACAGGUGGAGGUGUUGGAAGAUACUCAAAGGUUGUUUCCUACUCUUUAUAAGAAAAUAGGUGAGUUCAAGGACAAUCUACAAGAAUUCAUCGACAAAUAUGAGGGUUCUGAAUCUUUGGAUUCCGCUAAAGAAGCGUUAAAGUCUGCUACGGAAUUGUUGAACUCAAAGAAAUAA